UACACCCACCCCCCUCGCGGCUCACAUCUGGCCAAACAGAUGUUGCUUCCGCGCUGUCAUUGUUUCCGCUUCCACCUCAGAGGAGCCUGGUCCAUUCCCUUUUCGUCAACGCGGCGUCCUCGCUGCCUUCGCAUUUUUUGUUUUCUUGUGUCCGCCAUGGGUGACGUCGAAGCUCCCGACUCGCGGCAACCGAGCCGCAGCGUGCUGCAGUCGGUCCUCCCCAGCAGAGAGUUCGCCUCCUCCAGGAAAGGAAUGCUGCUCAUCGCCGAAGUGGCGCUGUCCUUUGUGGACUUUGUGUGCUUCGCCGCGUCCACGGCGGCCGCCUUCGUGACGGUGCCGCUGCUGGAGUUCCUGGCCGCUCUCUUCCUGCUCUUUGCCUACUCGACCAAAUUCAACGAGCGCUUUAAAGGCUUCCUCUGGCCCCUUAUGGAUUUUAUGAGGUGCGUGACGGCCGCCGUCAUCUUUUUCAUCAUUUCCAUCAUUGCGGUCUCCAAAUAUGUGGACGGUUCCUCCAAAGCCGCCGGGGUUUUUGGCUUCAUCACUACCAUUGCCUUUGCUUUGGAUUUUUAUCUCAUUUUUAACGAGCUCGCCAAUUUCCUGAAGCAAGGCGGCGAGAGCGCCGAGGAGCCUUCCAGACAGCAAGAUGAAUUUUCAGACUCUGAUUCGGACUGAGGUUGUUCUCUCCUUCCGCAAAUGACCAACGACAACAUUUCGAAUCGUCGGCCCCCAGGAGACGAGGCCUCAGCCGCAGCAUGACACACCACGCAAGCGUACAUUCUUACCGCAAAGAGAGGAAGUUACUGAGCUUUCUUGCACAAUUGGGAUGUUUCGGGGUGGCUGAGAGACAAACGUGUGAACGUGGUAUUUGGAUGGUCCUGUCUGAAUUCUUCUGUUUUGUACACCCAAGAAUGAGUUGUGAUGUGUUGCAUGAUGAAGUCAUUUUUUGGGGGGGAAUCCUAAUUAACAUAUUGCUAAAGUGUGGCGUAUAAUGCUAAAGGAAGUUUUUUUUCUCCCAAAUUUGUAUUAACGCAAUAAUGGCUUUUAAUUGUUUUUAAAAUGAACUCUUCAUUUGUAAAAGGAACAGUCCAAUGUUUGUCUAAACUGAAUGUGUUACAAAGC